GAAUAUAUUUCGUGCACCCUAUUUGUCGGUUACUUUUCGUCAACGUCCUUCUGUCUAGCUUAAGCGGAAUCAUACAGAACACCAAGAAAGAUGGCAGGUCGCCGCGCAGCCCUGAAGGCCAUUGACUGGAUGGCCUUUGCUGAGAGGGUGCCACCCAACCAGAGGAACAUGUUCAAUAACCUGAAGACACGUAGUGAUGCCAUUGCUGCCAAGCUCGCUUCAUUGCCCGAGAAGCCCCCUUCGAUCGACUGGAGCUACUACAGGAGUGCGGUGGCCAAGGCAGGAAUGGUGGAUGAGUUUGAGAAGAAGUUUAACGCCUUAAAAGUGCCCCAGCCUGUGGACACGCAGACGGCCAGUAUCGACCUCCAGGAGCAGGAAGCAAACAAAAGUGCUGCAGCCCACGUGGAGGCCUCCAAGGCUCGUAUCACCCAGUACGAGAAGGAGCUCGAGAAGUUCAAGAACAUGAUUCCCUAUGACCAGAUGACUAUCGACGAUAUGAAUGAAUUGUUCCCUGAGACCAAGCUGGACAAAGAGAAAUACCCAUACUGGCCGCACAGGCCCAUUUCUGAGCUGUAAUUGGCUGAAUCUUAGCUGCCCAACAUAUUGAUCUGUCUACAUCACGUUUCUCAAUAAAGUUAUUGUACAGUC